ACAGAAGACAACAACAUGGAGGACGAGGUUGAUGUUGACAUCGAAGGAGAUGCUUUUGACAGCAGUAUUAGUGAGAUGGACGGUGGGGGGCUAAUUCAGGAGCAGUUUUUACAGUCGACCUGGAAAAGCAGUGCGGGGAUACUGCCAUGGGAACUGGAUAGCUCCAUCAGCGCAGAAAACAGAGAGGUCAUAGAGAAAAUGCUCUUGGAAGAACAAUACUACUUAACAGGUCAGGAAAUCCCUAAAAACUUUUGGCAAAGUGAGUCUAACAAGCCAAAAGUAAAAAAGUCUCCAACCAAAGCGUCCUCCGCAUCCUCCUCUCGUUGGUCUUCUGAGGAGAAGAAGUGCUUUGAGGAAGGACUGGCGCAAUAUGGUCGACGGUGGACUAAGAUUGCUAAGCUUAUGGGAAGCCGUACUGUUCUUCAGGUCAAAAGUUAUGCCCGCCAGUACUUGAAGCAAGAGGCCAAAUCAAAAGUCAAAGCUGCUGCUCCCUCUACAGGCACAUUGCUGCCAAUGCAACCUCAGACUAGUUCCAGUCAUCCAUACACUUUGACCAAUGCUGUGCGGAUAGAGAAGCUUUCUGAUGACGAAGACGAAGAAAUAGACAUUACAGAUGAUGAUAGUGAACCAGCAGAAGACAAACCAAGUGAUAUCCAAGUAAAAUCUGAAGUCACAGACACCCAAAUAGACAAUACAAGACCGGAGCUGGGAGAUUUAGGCUUCCUCAUAACGGAGAGUUUGAAUGAGACUGAAGAUAAACCUGGUUGUAGCCUUAUGUUUUCAGAUGGCCACACAUCCUCCAUGGAUUCCACAAAUCAGACUUUCGUUGAUGACCAAAGUGAACCAAUUCUUGCUAAAAUAGCAGAGGAAGAGGCAAAGCAAAUAAAAGAAGAGGACCAAUGCUACCAGUCUGUUGGUCCUGAAAAGAUGCAGCAACUGGUAGAAGAAUGCAAUGAAGACACAGAAGAGAAAAACAUGGGACCAGAAGAUAACCAAGAGGAGGAUGAUGAAGAGGAAGAACUGAAGCCUCCAGAACAGGAAAUCGAGAUGGACCCGGAGGUCAUCACUGAAGAUGAGAAGCAAGCUAUCCCAGAGUUCUUUGAGGGACGUCCUUCCAAAACUCCAGAGAGAUAUUUAAAAAUCAGGAACUAUAUCCUGGAUCAAUGGUCCAAGAGCAAACCCAAAUACCUCAACAAGACGUCCGUCCGGCCAGGGCUGAAAAACUGUGGUGAUGUAAACUGCAUUGGGAGAAUCCACACAUAUCUGGAGCUUAUAGGAGCCAUUAACUUUAACUGUGAGCAAGCAGUAUAUAAUCGCCCACGAAUCGUAGACCGGACCAAACAAAAAGAGGGCAAGGAUGUGCUGGAGGCCUAUCAGCUAGCUCAGAGACUACAGAGCAUGCGAACGAGGAAGCGGCGUGUGAGAGACAUCUGGGGAAACUGGUGUGAUGCCAAAGACUUGGAAGGACAGACAUAUGAGCAUCUCAGUGCAGAGGAACUCGCUAAGAGAAGAGAGGAGAUGAAAAACAUGCCCAAACCAUCCAAGAUGUCCAGGUACAAAGGGUCAUUUGAUCCUUUCAAGUUAAUCCCUUGCAGAUCAUUUGGAGAUGAUGUACAGGAACCAUUCCAGAUUAUAGUCUGUGCAGAGACACUUCUAAUCAUGGACAUGCAUGCUCAUGUGUCUCGAGGAGAAGUCAUUGGUCUUCUUGGUGGAACUUACAAUGAGGAAGAUAAGAUAUUAAAGGUUUGCGUGGCUGAACCUUGUAACAGCGUGAGUACAGGCCUGCAGUGUGAGAUGGACCCUGUGUCUCAGACUUUGGCCUGUGACACUCUGUCCUCUCUGGGGUACAGUGUGGUGGGCUGGUACCACUCACACCCCUCCUUCCACCCCAACCCCUCUGUACGGGACAUACACACACAGGAUCAGUUCCAGAGUUAUUUCUCAAGGGGAGGUGCUCCAUUUAUUGGAAUGAUUGUGAGUCCAUACGAUCCUGCAAAUCCAUCCCCUCACUCUCAGACUACCUGUCUGUUGGUGAAAGAGACCCAUGGUGAAUCAGGGCCACAGAAGCUGCCCUACAAAUUUGAUUUUCUACCAUCACAAGACAUUCCAGACUGGGAUCAGACUUUGCGAAGGGCACAGUGGAUUAUCCAGAAAUAUUCCCAAACACCAGGGAGUGUGCAAAUGAACCGUUUUUUCAGAAGAGACUCACAUCUUACCUGCCUUGAGAAGAUGCUGUCUUCUUUGGCCAAGUACCUGGAGCCUCUGCCAGAUGAUGAAGGAGACCCUUUUCUUGUCCAAAUUCAAGCUCUAUUUCAGUCAGAUUUUAUUCCAAAUCAACAAACAUUUGACCAGGAGGCAGGAGAAACUUUAAAUGUACCUGAACCGUUGGACUGUGAUGAUUCUGACCAAAUAUUCCCGAUAGGAGACACCAGUCAGGACCCUAAACCAGAUCACACCAAGGCCACUGCUGCCGAGAAUGUAGUGCUUCACCUGGGCUCUGUGUUGCCCACUGAACAUGACUAUUUACUGUGAUCCUGACACAUCUAUUCAUUGUUAUGCAUAAUAUUGUUGUUCUAGUAUUAUUCAAAUAUUUAAGGCCUUUGCUGAGUACAAUGUUAGUGUUUUUAGACAAGGCAGUGUUUAUAGCCGCUUUAUUGGUUGUUAAUAAAAUAUUUUCCUAUUUA